AUGUGCCACUUGUCAGGUCUCCUCACACUGCUAUGUGUGUUCCAUUUUGUCAAGGGUGCUGGCAGAUUACGGGGCCUCCUCUAUGCUGCUAGCCAGGCCGUAAUCUGCCAUGGGCCCCCGUACCGCCUCCUCAUGCUGCUGCCAGGGUCCAAGUCUCUUCAUGGGUCCCCUGUACGGGCCUCCCAUUGCUGCUGUCUCCAUCGCCAACACUCUGCCACAUGUGACCACAUUUUCAGGUUCUCCUCACACUGCUGCCAGGCCCGUAAUCUGCCCCCCCCCCUGGGCCCCUGUACCGCCUCCUAAUGCUGCUGCCCAGGUCCAGAGUGUGUCAUGGGUCCCUGUAUGGCCUCCCUAUUGCUGCUGUCUCCAUCGCCACACUCUGCCAUGUGCCACUUUCAGGUCUCCUCACACUGCUGGUGGGUUCCAUUUUUGUCAUAGGAGUGCUGUAUGGCCUCCCAUUGCUGCUGCCCUCCCACCGCCGCACUGUGGUGCUCCACACUCUGGUUUUGGCCCCGUGACUGCCCAAGAUGAUUAGUGAAGCUCUUGUCGGUGUCAGUUCUAAGAUAGAGCGACGGCACUCAUCUGCAUGGUCAUACUGACUGACGGUAAUUAUUUCUCUUCCCCAGCAGACUCCAAAAGGGCAUUUAAAUUAAAGGUACAGUGUUCUCCACACUAAUAUAA